AUGGAUGCCAUCGCAGAUCCGAACUUUAAGCACCAAACGAGUAAAAUAAACGCUACUGAGGAGUCGCCCUCCUUGUUGACUGUUAUCAUAGAUAUAACCCCGCAACUAUGGACUGAAUUUGAUGGGAAAACUGGUAAGAAAGGUAAUAUCCUAGACGUUCUAAGGUCAUUGAUUGUAUUUUUGAAUGCCCACUUGGCAUUUAACAUAUCAAAUCAAGUUGCCGUUAUCGCAGCUCAUUCGCAAGGGAUCAAAUAUUUGUACCCAAAAAACAGUAGUAAUACAGAAUCAAAUGGUUCAGACAACAACAACGAUAAAAAAAGUAAUGAUCUUUCAAUUAUAAGCAAAAAUAUGUAUAGACGAUUUAGAAAUGUAGAUGAAACUUUGGUUGAGGAGUUAUAUACAUUAUUCAAAGGGGAAGAAAAGAAUAUUGGAAAACUGGUGCAAAAAAGUACACUGGCAGGAGCUAUGUCUGCAGCAUUGGCAUAUACUGAUCGAAUAACUAGAGAAAUGGAGAGUAUAUCUUUAAAAUCGAGAAUAAUGGUUAUCACUUGUGGUAGUGAUAAGGGUAACAGAGAGGAAAUCUUUCAAUACAUUCCGAUCAUGAAUUGUAUCUUUUCUGCUACGAAAAUUAAGUGUCCAAUUGACGUCGUAAAAGUUGGUGGUCCAAAGGAAAGUACAUUUUUGCAACAGACUACGGAUGCUACGAAUGGUAUUUAUUUGCAUGUUAUCUCAACUGAUGGGUUAUUACAAUAUUUUUCAACCGCUAUGUUCAUUAAUCCUUCCUUACGUCAAAUAAUCGUUAAACCUAAUAAGGGUUCUGUUGAUUUCAGAACAUCAUGUUACAUAACAGGUAGAGUUGUUGCUAUUGGUUAUAUUUGUUCAGUUUGUCUUUGUGUUUUAUCCAUUAUACCUCCUGGAAAUAAAUGUCCUGCUUGUGAUUCUGAAUUUGACGAACGAGUAAUAGCUAAGUUAAAAAAGAGACCAGUAGUUCCAAGAUUAGCAAGAAAGAAGAGUUCAGGUCAUGUAUCUAAAUAA